AUGCCCCAACCGACGCUCGUCCUGGUUCAUGGCUCGUGGCAUAGCCCAGAGCACUUUGGGCCUCUCAUAGAGAACCUGCAAUCGCACGGCUACAGAUGCGUGCCAGUAUCGCUACCGAGCACACAGUCGCCCGAUCUCCCGCCAGCCACCCUCGCGGACGACACAGCAGCAGUUCGAGACGCCGUCCUCACCGAGCUUGAUCAGGAGAACGACGACGUCGUGGUCGUCGCUCACAGCUAUGGCGGAGGACCAACGAACAACGCACUGUACGGGUUAGACGCCAACUCCCGCUCAGCAACAGGCGCCUCAGCCGCAGUUCGAGCCAUCGUGUUCCUCUGCUCUAUCCCACUCCCCAAAGGUGUCUCCUUUCUCACCGGCCUCGGCGGCAAGCCCAGCGGAAUCCAUGAUCUUCGAACAGGAGGCUUUGCUUGGGUCGGCAAGCCCGGUCCUCAGCAUUACUUCUACAACGACUUGCCAGACGAAGAAGCGAAGAAAUGGUCGGAUCUCCUUCGACCGCAGUCUUGGCCAGCAUAUGUCGAUGAUACGACCUACGCGGCCUACAUGGACAUCCAUUCGGCCUAUCUGUACUGCACACUCGACCAAGCGUUUCCACUGCAAGCACAGCAAGGACUGGUAGCUGCUGCGAAGGAGGCCGGGGCGAAGUUCGAUUAUGAGGAGACUCUAGAAGCGAGCCAUAGUCCGUUCCUCAGCAAGGUGGAGGAGACGGGUGCUUUUAUUCGGAGAGUAGCUGGAGCGUGA